GCACUCAGAAUUUUGCCGCCUGCCACAGUGCGUGACAGUUUUAGGUGACUAUGGUGAUAAAGUUGAUAAGGACUACGACAGAGAAGAGGAAACGUGACUGAAUUUUUCAUCUUGCAUGACAUUGCGGAUGAUUUUACAGAUGACGGAAUCGUCCCAGAACCGAUCUUUGAUCAGUGUGUGAUGAAGUUAGAGACCCUGUAAUGAAGUUUCAUGUUGCUGUAAGAGCAGGAAGAAAACGUCUCUCAGGAAUUGUGCAGAAAUGACUGAAGCCUGAAGACUCUGAGUGCGACAUCAGCCAGGAUGGAGACUGUGAAUGCGUCUUCCAUCGUUAACGUGACUGGCAGCAGACGCACCGGCCUCUUUUCAAGGAGCCCAUACAAUGAAGUGGAUAUAGUGUUCAUCCUGAUGGGAGGUGUAGCUCUUAGUAUUGUCACUAUCACCGGGAACGUCCUGAUUAUGCUCUCCAUAAAGGUAAACAAGAACCUGAAGACCGUCGGCAACUACUUCCUGUUCAGUUUGGCCUGUACGGACCUCUUUACCGGGGUCUUCUCCAUAAACAUUUAUGCCAUUUACAUUUCAAUUGGCUACUGGCCUGGGGAUACGUUGGGGUGUGACAUUUGGUUGACUGUUGAUUAUGCUGUCGGCCACGCCUCAGUCUUGCACCUGCUCCUCAUAAGCUUUGACCGGUACUUCUGUAUCACCAAACCCAUGACCUACCCAGCACAUCGUAGCACCACAAUGGCCGUGAUGUUGAUCACUGCGGCCUGGACCCUGUCCUUCCUUAUAUGGACUCCCUUAAUCUUGUUCUGGGACUUCUUUGAAGAACGGAAACCUGUGCCCCCUAAUUACUGCUACUGCCAGUUCAUCUUCAACCCAUGGGCGACGUUCGUGACUUCCAUCUUAUUUUUCUUUCUGCCGUUGUGCGUCAUGGCCUACUUGUACUGGCGGAUCGUGAAGACCAGCUAUGACAGCUCGAGGAGGAACAGCAGGAGACCAUCAAGUGGAAGUUUAUCAGAUAUUGUCUACCUCCCAAACAUCACAACCAAACAAGAAGAGGAGGAGGAGGAGGAUGAGGAGGAGGAGGAGGAGGAGGAGGAUGCAGCUGCGGAGGAGAAGGAAAUGUUGCAGCAGCACAGUGUAGUCUUCAGAGAAUUGCAGGUAGACCAGACGGACACUUCAUCGAAGACUGUCAGUGCUUCGACUUCCAAAGGAUCUAACACAUUAAAGAAUAGUUCAACUGUUUCUUGUCGUAAUACGAACAUACAAAUUAUUGAUAAGUGGAGAAAGAGGUACAGUACUAGCAGGGAGAAAAAAGUGACGCGCACCAUCAUGGCCGUCAUGAUUGCUUUUAUCAUCUCAUGGACGCCUUACCACGUGGUGGUCAUUCUCUUCACACUCUGCAACGCCUGCGUCCCAGAUACAGUGUGGGGCGCAACGUACUGGCUCUGCUACUUCAACAGCACCGUCAACCCCGCCUGCUACGCUCUCUGCAACGACACCUUCAAGAUCACCUUCAAGCAACUGCUCCUGUGCCAGUACAAGAACAUUCGGGGACAAUCGUUGCACGCCUAGAACGGAGCUGAAGCUCACAGAUUCCCUUAAUGAAAAUAAAGGUAAAAGCUGAAACAGCCAAAAAUGGA